AUGGAAGUGGAUGAGUGUGAGGAUGAAGAGGAACCCAUGGAAGUGGAUGAGUGUGAGGAUGAAGAGGAACCCAUGGAGGUGGACGAGUGUGAGGAUGAAGAGGAACCCACGGAAGGGGACGAGUGUGAGGAUGAAGAGGAACCCAUGGAAGGGGACGAGUGUGAGGAUGAAGAUGAACCCAUGGAGGUGGACGAGUGUGAGGAUGAAGAGGAACCCAUGGAAGGGGACGAGUGUGAGGAUGAAGAUGAACCCAUGGAGGUGGACGAGUGUGAGGAGGAAGAGGAGGUGGAUGAGAGCAUUGAAAAUCUUGACGCGGAUGUGACGCGGAUUUGUAUCGAAAUACGCGCGGACCAAAACAAGCCACUAAAAAGAGCCACCAUGAGCUCCGCUGCAGAGGAGGCGAUGGACCCAACAGCGGCUGAAGACACUGAAUUAAAGUCUGAAGAGAAACUUGGCUCCAGUCCUGACAAGUCCUAUUUGUUUGGAGCCGGAGAGAUCGUAGAAGGCAAACGGGCAAAGAAAAGUGUGGAGCGUCUGGACAUCCAGGUCCCGAAGAAGACAGAGAAGCUGAGCAUCGCCAACGGCAGCGGGGAGAAGCUGGGGGACAUCCUUCGCACCAGUCACCAGCUCAACAAGAUGAAAUCUGUGGAUCUGGUUCCACUGCACACUCUGCUGUUCGACCGCCGCGGAAAACUGUCGUCAAUAAAGAAGAACAUUCGUCUGUUCAGUGGUUUUCCCUUCGACGCAGAUAGUGAGCUGUUCGUGAAGAAACGGGACAAACUGCAGAAGAGCCUCACAAAGGCGAAGCUGAGUGUGGUGUGUAAUGUGCUGGACCUGGAGAAGAAGGGGACGCACUCAGACCUGGUGGAGCGCAUCAUGCUCUUCCUGGUGUCGCCCAAGAGCAGCGGCAAGCGUUUGCCCAAGAAGAAAAAACGCUCCAAGAAGAGGCUCUCAACCACUGAGUCCAAGCAGAAGAAGUCCGCCGCGAAAAGCAGCCGAAAAGAAAAGGCCACCUCCAGCCCCAAGAAGUCAAAGACCGGGUCCAAGUCCAAGGCCAUCGUCAUGGACUCCAGCAGUGAUGAAGAUGAGGAGACGGAGCGGCCCGCAGCUGAGAGUGAUGGCUCCGAGGCUGAGGGCUCUGAAGGGUCUGAGGGUUCUGAGGGGUCCACAGGCUCCGCAGGGUCUGGGUCUGAGUCUGGAGACAAACAAGAGGAAGAGGAGGUGUCUGAGGAGGAGGACGAUGAUGAGGAAGAGGUGAGACUGAACAGCAGCGUCUGUUUUUCUAGAUGA